AUGACAAAGAGAGAUAGAGACCCCAGUGACGACGAAGAACAGGAAGAAGAGCUUGAGUAUUAUGAAUUUGAAGAAUCUGACGAAGAAGAAUUUGAAGAGGGCUCUAAUAUCUCGUUUGAAUCAGAUGAUGGCGAGCUAUUUGACACAGAGAAGUCCUUAGAUACUCCACAAUCAAAGUUCAAUGAUGACGCGGUUAAUGUCGGGUACAAUGGAACUCCUUAUCAUCCUUGGAGCAUAGAAAGUUUUAUUCAAUCUCAGUUUCUCAACGCGUUGAAAAAGUUGCAAAGUUUCAACUUAGAAGGAUGUUCCGUUAGUGACUUGUUGGCCAUGUUGUAUGUGAAAAAAUGGCAACUGGAUGAAGUUUUGGACGCGUAUUUUGGUGAUAAAGGCAAUCUAAUGAAGCAGUGUGGUCUACCGUGCGGCAAGUCCAACAAUAAUUUUGAAACAGCCAAUGACUUUACUUGUUUUAUAUGUUGCGACACGUACCCAUCAACACAAGUUUACUCAUUAACAUGUAAUCAUCAGUUUUGCAUUCAGUGCUAUCAUCACUACGUUAUGAAUGAAGUGAAUAAUGGUCGGUUGAUAACGUGUAUGGAUCCUAGUUGCAGGUACACUAUACCGUUUCAAGAUAUUGCUCAUAUGAUAGCCAUAAUCGAAUCAGAAAAGACCUUGAUUGUUGCUGAGAAGCCACUUCGAGAAAACCCCAUGCUCAUCACCGCGGUAAGGGAGUGGGUCGACACUAAGAACAACUUUAAAUGGUGUCCUGCCACUGAUUGUACCAGCUUUACAGAAAUAGCUGAUGCAUCUUCGAUUAAACAAACCGCCGGCUCUAUUGACUUGUCAUUAAUCCCCAUUGUAGGAUGUGCUGAACAUCACGAAUUUUGUUUUGAAUGCAAUUAUGAAAAUCACCUUCCAUGUCCUUGUUGGUUGGUUAAAGCAUGGGUGAAAAAGUGUGAAGACGAUUCUGAGACUGCAAACUGGAUUGAUGCAAACACUCAUUCAUGCCCCAAGUGUCACACUUCGAUUGAAAAGAAUGGAGGAUGUAACCAUAUGACAUGCAGAAAGUGCAAACACGAAUUCUGUUGGAUCUGCUUUGGUGAUUGGAGCAGCCACUCAAACAACUAUUCAUGCAACAGGUUCAAAGAUAAUGCAAAGGAAGAUGAAAUUCGCAAGAACAAAAGUAGAGCAACAUUGGAAAGGUAUUUGCAUUUCUAUAAACGGUAUUCUAUCCAUGAAUCAUCAAUGAAAGGUGAUCAAAAGACAUUGCAAAAAAUUGAUAAUGUUACUAAGUUAUACAUGGAGGAGACUAGGAAAAAGGGUCAACAGAACCUCUCUUGGAACGAUGUCCAGUUCCUCCCUGAUGCAAUGAGAGCUUUACAGAAUGGGAGAAAAACAUUGAAAUGGACAUAUUGUUUUGCCUUCUACUUGGCCAAGCUGAAUUUCUCACAAAUUUUUGAAACAAAUCAGGAUUUUUUAAACAAGACUGUUGAAGAUUUGUCGGAAGUGUUUGAAAAAAUCAUUGCCAUUGAUAAACCCGAUAAAGUGGAAACGAUUUUGGAAAGAAAAAAGGACAUUAUCAAUCUUGCAGAGUUUGUCAACUUGCGAAGAAAAACGUUAGUCAAGAGCGCUGAGGAAAAUCUAAAGGAAAAAUUACUCCGUCUUGAUCCUAUAUAG